AUGGCAUUCACAGGUCGAACGCCUGAAUCUCUGAUUCCUCGAUCAGACUCUAGGAACCCAGCGACGACUUGCAAAGGCAUCACUAAAUCAGGCCGACCAUGUAGACGUCCCAUUGAUGCCAAAGUAAGCGACGACGCGGGUGUUCUUGCAGUCGUGUCAGUCGCAGGUGAUAGCGAUAGCGAAGACAUUGGCGCCGCGGCAUAUUUCUGCUGGCAACACAAAGACCAGGCUGAACAGCUGGCGGCUAUCAAAUCCAAUGGACCAGAUACGCAGCUCUAUCCUUUGAAGGAGCGGAGCAGCAUAGAUACUUUGGUACAACGUUUGGGAGUCCUGGCAGUAGAUGACUCUGCAAAAGAACCGCAUCGGAAAAGAAGGGAUAGCAAUAGGCAAGGAAAGCCGCCACGGAGGAUCAAUCGUCCAGCCACUUGGGAUCGUGUAGAGGGACCGCUGAUUUCGGUACCCAGCGAUGUGAUGGCAGCAGAGAAGAAACGCAGGGAUAAUCGACCUUCAAAACCAUCGACGCAAAGGAAGAAGCCAAGCUUCUGGCGGUCUUUGUGCUGUGGUGCUGCAGACGACGAUGACAUCGAUGUUGUAAGGCACACGAAGCGAACGAACCACCGCCCCGAGUACACCUCCGCUCCACGGCCUGUACCAGCCUCACAGCAAUCGACCGGCCCCAAGCCACUUACCGACAAGCCAGCGAGGCCAGUUAAAACAACCUCUCAUGACGACUCAGAUACAGCAACCAUGCUGAGAUACAUCCCUCAGAAUGUAUCUCCACAGCUAGCAGCAACUCUGCUGGCCGAGCUCUCCAAACCCAUUUCAUCACACGAUGACGAGGGCUACAUAUACAUCUUUUGGCUGACGCCCGAAACCUCCGGUCCCGCACCUUCAUCAACUGCAUCUACCCUCCUCACUCCACCGUCACGGUCUGAUCAAGGACGACGAACCUCCGAUGUACUACGGCAAUACUCCGUAAAGAACAAUUCACGACCACGUUCAGGGCCCACGCGCCAAAGAUCUGGCAACGAUGAUGCGGCAAGCGGGGCCGAGAAAGAAAAGGACACCAUCCUCCUCAAGAUCGGGCGUGCGAACAACGUGCACAGGCGUAUGAAUGAAUGGACGCGUCAGUGCGGUUACUCCCUUUCUCUCGUACGCUUUUAUCCUUACGUUUCGUCCUCGACACCGACACCUUCACCACAAGCUUCACCGGCGAAUUCUCGUCGUCAAUCUGCGCAGAAUGCUGGGGGUUCCCAGCGCGCGUUUGAUGCUGGCGUUGUGCGCAAAGUCCCAACUGUGAUGCGGGUAGAACGCAUGAUUCACCUGGAGCUAGCGGAGCAACGGGUGAUGAGAAAGUGUGAAGCGUGUGGGAAGCAGCAUCAAGAGUGGUUUGAAGUGGAGGCUACCAAAGAUGGCGUGAAAACGGUGGACGGGGUAAUCAAGCGGUGGGUCGAAUGGGCGGAACAAGCGAACCAGGAACGUGUAUGA